UAAUGAUAGGUCAUGACAGGUCACACAGGUCAAUGUGACAGCUGGUCACAUGGUCACACGAUCGGAGAAAAACAUAGUCUUGUUUAUAGUGUCUUUCCAUCUGUACUAAACUAGUAUGAUGGCGAAUCUUGCCGUGUUGAGCUUUGUGAUCGUCGCUGUUGGUACAGCACAAGGCUUGUCAGUUCGGGACUUCCCUGAAGUGAAUGACAGGCCGAUCAUCGGUGUAAUUGCACAGGCUUCAGAGGGAGCCAGAGCAACGUUCGGGAAAACCUACAUCCCUGCCUCCUAUGUCAAGUACCUGGAAAGCGCAGGUGCACGUGUGGUGCCAAUCAGGGUUAACUUGACUACAGCUGAAUACACCAAGCUCUUCAACUCCUUAAAUGGGGUCCUGUACCCAGGGGGCGGUGUUGACAUGUUCACUUCUGGCUAUGCUAAGUCAGCCAAGAUAUUUUAUGAUCUUGCUCUCAAUGCUUUUGAUGAAGGGGACUACUUCCCUGUGUGGGGGACCUGUAUGGGGUUUGAGCAGCUGACAGCCCUGACCAGUAACAGGAAUGUGCUGACCACUUGCAAAGGAACAGGAAACAAAUCUUACAAACUGAACUUUUCAAAAGAUUACAAGUCCAGUAGGAUGUUUGGCAAGGUUCCUGUGGACAUCCUGACAGACAUGGCAACUUUACCUCUCACACCAAACUUCCACGAGUACUGCCUCACACCUCAGAAUUUUACAGAUGAUGCAAAGUUGAAGAGCUUUUACAAGAUUCUGUCCACAAAUACUGAUGAUGAUGAUAUGGAGUUUGUGUCCAGCAUGGAAGCCAUCAAAUAUCCUGUCUAUGGAGUCCAGUGGCAUCCUGAGAAGAACAACUUUGAAUUUGGCUCUCUACUGAAGAUCACACAUUCAGAUGCUGCAACCAGGGUGUCACAAGCCAUGGCAAACUUCUUAGUCAGUGAAGCGAGGAAAAGCGCACACAAAUUCCCCACCCCGGCAGAGGAAGUGGCCGCUCUAAUCUACAACUAUGCACCCGUCUACACCGGGAAUGUCACCAUCAGUGACCAGACAUACUUCAUUGACUGAAGUAGCCAGAAGAAGUCAGCACAAGUUCACCAGCCCUGAAGAAGAGCGCUCAGCUCUGAUCUACAACUACACACCUGUGUACACUGGGACAACAGCUGCGGCACACUUCGAGCAGUGCUACUUUUUUGAUUAGGAAAAUAAAUGAUCAAACAGGAUCUAAAUGCAGUUAUAUAUUUUAAGGUGGUGGUACCAUAAUGACGAUCAAGCAAAAAAAAUCCAAAGCAAGUCACUCUAUGAGGUUUUUAAUCCUUCAAUCCAUAUUUUUACUCAAGAAAGAAAAGUGUACUUUUAGUAAAGUCCUAAGAUCACUACCUCCAAUACUACAGCAAAACAGUAUGUUUUAAGAAUUACUUUGAUAGCUUCAUCAAUGUCUUUUUAUGUGCAUGUAGCUUUCGGACUUCCAUAUUGUUUUAAAUAAGGAAAGAGCAGGUUAUGAUCCAGCUAUGACAGCAAGCAAGCAAGCAACUAGCAAGCUUUACAAACAUGGACCAAAUUCCUCUGUGUGCCUAUUACUGUUUGAAAUGAAAUGAAACUGCUAUAAUCAAGGUUGAAAAAAAACCUACCUUGCUAUGAUGAUUUCCCUGAACUCCAGGCAUCAUCAUCUCCACAAGAUGUGAAAAAUUGGAAUUUAAUACAUUGAGAGGUAGAGAGAAAGUCUAAAAGUGUAGAAAAGAUUUUUAAAAGACUCUGAGAUAGUUACAAGGUGAAUAAUUAUGGUAAUUGUAAUGUAUUGUGCUCAGUACUGCUUUAUCUUUUACAAUGACAUUACGUCAGUAUGAAUUUUGAUUUUUGGGAUAGGCACAAAAUGAAUGCAAAUUAUGGUCACAUUUCAGUUGAACGAUAUCAGUUAACAAAGAUUGUAAGACUUUUCAGAGCAUACAAAAUUACCAAUGUACGUUCCAAGGUGUAAGCACAUGUAUACUUCUUUGAAGUUGUUGCAUUACUUCACCUGUAGUAUUGUUUUAGCUUGUCUGUGUGUAUCUACACUAUGUUUUGCCAGUGGGUGCUCACCUCAGAGGGGAUGAUGUCUAUCAAUAUAAAGCUCAUACUAUUGGAUACCAUUUAUUUUUUGUCAGAUGAGAAUGAUUUUCAUUGGAGUAUUUUUGUAGUACAUGUACAUGACUAUGAUUGAAAACUUGCACAUAAAAGUUCUGAAGAUUGCUGAAAAUUUUGAAUGACAGCAACCUGAAGCCCGUAUAUGCUUUAUAUUAGUUGUAUGAUGUACAUGUAACUAACUUGCAUUAUGUUAGCACUGCUAUAAAAAGAAUUUGAUCUAUGCAAACUGGUUGUUUUUAAAUGUUAACAUGCAAUGUUUAUUGUGCCUGUAAGGACUGUCUGUAUUUCAGAUCACAUUGCUGCUAUGACUUUCAAAAAUACAAAUCUUGUGUAUA